AUGAUGGUCCUGUUUCGAGAUGCACCUACUCUGCCACACAGUGACCUACAUUACCACAAUUCGACUCCACUCUUGUCAUACGAUAGCACAAGAUUCACAUUAAACAAGGCUUCCACAUUCACAAUUAUUGUUGAUUGUAUAGUGCAGAAUCCUGCUUCAUCUACCUACAUCCUCUGCUGCCAAGAACCUUACAAGAGAAAAACUAAGAGAUAUCUGGACUCGACAGGGAAAAGCGAGAUGGUCUUUAUUCAACCAGUAAAACAAAGGGUGAUACAGAACUUAGAACAAAAAUAGUAACAAUGUACUUAAUAUAAGAAGGGAAACAAAAAAAUAAUAUUUUUUACAAUAAAUAUUAUGCCAUUGUCCAUUGCAUUAUUUGUAUGUAUAUUUUAUUUAUAUAGCGCUAACAGGUGUACUCAGCACUUUACAGGUUACAUUACAGUAGAGGGAGGUACAGUCAGUGCAGUAGGUAUACAGUGUAUUUAUAUUUUAUUUAUAUAGCGCUAACAGGUGUACUCAGCACUUUACAGGUUACAUUACAGUAGAGGGAGGUACAGUAAGUACAGUAGGUAUACAGUGUAUGUAUAUUUUAUAUAGCGCUAACAGGUGUACUUAGCACUUUACAGGUUACAUUACAGUAGAGGGAGGUACAGUAAGUACAGUAGGUAUACAGUGUAUUUAUAUUUUAUAUAGCGCUAACAGCUGUAUUCAGCACUUUACAGGUUACAUUACAGUAGAGGGAGGUACAGUAAGUGCAGUAGGUAUACAGUGUAUGUAUAUUAUAUUUAUAUAGCGUUAACAGGUGUACUCAGCACUUUGCAGGUUACAUUACAGUAGAGGGAGGUACAGUAAGUGCAGUAGGUAUACAGUGUAUGUAUAUUUUAUUUAUAUAGUGCUAACAGGUGUACUCAGCACUUUACAGGUUACAUUACAGUAGAGGGAGGUACAGUAAGUGCAGUAGGUAUACAGUGUAUGUAUAUUAUAUUUAUAUAGCGCUAACAGGUGUACUCAGCACUUUACAGGUUACAUUACAGUAGAGGGAGGUACAGUAAGUGCAGUAGGUAUACAGUGUAUGUAUAUGUUAUUUAUAUAGCGCUAACAGGUGUACUCAGCGCUUUACAGGUUACAUUACAAUAGAGGGAGUUACAGUAAGUGCAGUAGGUAUACAGUGUAUGUAUAUUAUAUUUAUAUAGCCCUAACAGGUGUACUCAGCACUUUACAGGUUACAUUACAGUAGAGGGAGGUACAGUAAGUGCAGUAGGUAUACAGUGUAUGUAUAGUUUAUAUAGCGCAAACAGGUGUACUCAGCACUUUACAGGUUGCAUUACAGUAGAGGGAGGUACAGUAAGUGCAGUAGGUAUACAGUGUAUGUAUAUUUUAUUUAUAUAGAGCUAACAGGUGUACUCAGCACUUUACAGGUUACAUUACAGUAGAGGGAUGUACAGUAAGUGCAGUAGGUAUACAGUGUAUUUAUAUUUUAUUUAUAUAGAGCUAACAGGUGUACUCAGCACUUUACAGUUUACAUUACAGUAGAGGGAGGUACAGUAAGUGCAGUAGGUAUACAGUGUAUGUAUAUUUUAUUUAUAUAGCGCUAACAGGUGUACUCAGCACUUUACAGGUUACAUUAUAGUAGAUGUAGGUACAGUAAGUGCAGUAGGUGUACAGUGUAUGUAUAUUUUAUUUAUAUAGUGCUAACAGGUGCACUCAGCACUUUACAGGUUACAUUACAGUAGAGGGAGGUGCAGUAAGUAUACAGUGUAUGUAUAUUUUAUUUAUAUAGCACUAACAGGUGUAAUCAGCACUUUACAGGUUACAUUACAGUAGAGGGAGGUACAGUAAGUGCAGUAGGUAUACAGUGUAUGUAUAUUUGAUUUAUAUAGCACUAACAGGUGUACACAGCACUUUACAGGUUACAUUACAGUAGAGGGAGGUACUGUAAGUGCAGUAGGUAUACAGUGUAUGUAUAUUUUAUUUAUAUAGCACUAACAGGUGUACUCAGCACUUUACAGGUUACAUUACAGUAGAGGGAGGUACAGUAAGUGCAGUAGGUAUACAGUGUAUGUAUAUUUUAUUUAUAUAGCACUAACAGGUGUACUCAGCAUUUUUUUGUAAAUUGCAGAUCUCCCCAGGAGUUUGUCAUUGAACUCCAAUAAAUGCAUAUUUACUCUGUGUCUGAUAUAAAGCAGUAUCAGUGGGAAAGUGUUGGCAGUCCUGAAUCCCAGCCUGUGCUGACAGACAGCUCCAAUCCAGCCCAUCCUGCAGAGGACACAACUUCACUCCAAGAACAGAUCACUUCUCCACUUGCUGGACAGAUGGAUUAUCCAUGUAUGUCUUCCUCCUCUGUCUCUGCAGGACUGUGAAUUCCCCAAUCCCUGCUGCUUGCUGGAGCCCCCCUCUGCUCUGUACAAGGUCAGUGAGUGUAACCCACAGAUUGUGUGAAUUGGUACAUUGUUUGCCAUUUCUAUUUGAAUUGCAAAUCCCUGAAUCUGUUGGAUCUCAGCUUCUCAGACAGUGACAGCCCCCAAUGAUCCCACCUCAGCAAAGGAAUCCUCUAACUCCCAUCAUGCCCAGCCCACAGCUCACAUGCCUGGCAUUUAAUGAGCAAACAGACCAAGAUUUUAUUUAAAAUAAAGACAUUACAAGACAAUACUACAACUGUUCAUAUCUGAGGGAUUCCAUAUUCUACCCAGUGACUAACUCUGUCAUAAAGGAUGAGAUCUGGAUUAACCCUGUCAGUGCCAUGUUGCAGAACAGCCAAGGGGGCAAAGGUUUUUAUAAGGGCUAAAAUAUGCAAACCUAUAACACAAGGCAAAAUUAACAAAAUAGGCGUACUAAUGUGUGUGUGUGUAUAUGCAUUAUUUCUGAAUGUAAGUUGCGUGUUUGUUGUAAUACAGGAGUUGCAUGUUUGCGUGUUUGCUGUAACACAGGAGUUGCGCGUUUGCUGUAAUACAGGAGUUGCAUGUUUUCUGUAAUACAGGGGUUGCGUGUUUGCUGCAAUACAGGAGAUGUGUGUAUGCUGUAAUACAGAAGAUGCGUGUUUGCUGUAAUACUGGAGUUGCGUGUUUGCUGUAAUACAGGAGUUGUGUGUUUGCACGUUUGCUGUAAUACAGGAGUUGCGUGUUUGCUGCAAUACAGGAGUUGCGUGUUUGCUGUAAUACAGGAGAUGCAUGUUUGCGUGUUUCCUGUAAUACAGGAGUUGCGUGUUUGCUGUAAUACAGGAGUUGCGUGUUUGCUGCAAUACAGGAGUUGCAUGUUUGCUGUAAUACAGGGCAUGCGUGUUUGCUGCAAUACAGAAGAUGCGUGUUAGCUGUAAUACAGGAGUUGCAUGUUUGCUAUAAUACAGGAGUUGCGUGUUUGCUGUAAUACAGGGCAUGCGUGUUUGCUGUAAUACAGAAGAUGCGUGUUAGCUGUAAUACAGGAGUUGCAUGUUUGCUGUAAUACAGGGCAUGCGUGUUUGCUGCAAUACAGAAGAUGCGUGUUAGCUGUAAUACAGGAGUUGCGUGUUUGCUGUAAUACAGGGCAUGCGUGUUUGCUGUAAUACAGAAGAUGCGUGUUAGCUGUAAUACAGGAGUUGCAUGUUUGCUGUAAUACAGGAGUGCUGCGUGCGUUUGCUGUAAUACAGGAGUUGCGUGUUUGCUGUAAUACAGGGCAUGCGUGUUUGCUGUAAUACAGAAGAUGCGUGUUUGCUGUAAUACAGGAGUUGCAUGUUUGCUAUAAUACAGGAGAUGCGUGUUUGCUGUAAUACAGGGCAUGCGUGUUUGCUGUAAUACAGGAGUUAUGUGUUGGCUGUAAUACAGGAAAUGCGUGUUUGCUGUAAUACAGAAGUUGUGUGUUUGCUGUAAUACAGGAGCUGCAUGUUUGCUGUAAUACAGGAGUUAUGUGUUGGCUGUAAUACAGGAGUUGCAUGUUUGCAGUAAUACAGGAGAUGCGUGUUUGCGGUAAUACAGGAGUUGCAUGUUUGCAGUAAUACAGGAGAUGCGUGUUUGCUGUAAUACAGAAGUUAUGUGUUUGUUGUAAUGCAGGAGUUGCAUGUUUGCUGUAAUGCAGGAGUUGCAUGUUUGCUGUAAUGCAGGAGUUGCAUGUUUGCUGUAAUACAGGAGUUGCGUGUUUGCUGUAAUACAGGAGUUGCUGUUUUCUGCAAUACAGUAGGUGCAUGCUUUCUCUCUCUCGCUGGGUGUUGAGGUGACUGCAGUCUCUCACUUAGCACUGCGGCUGGAGAUCCCAGGAUUGAACUAUAAUUGGAAAGCGAUGCAGCUGAAUGAGCUAUUCUCACUCGCAUUGCUGGCAUUGCACACUGUCCCAGGUCUUUGAAUUCACUAACCGCCGUAGUAGAAUGCCCCAAUGUGUCCUCCCAAGGACAUCACGGCUCACACAGGAGAAGUGAGCUUUAACAGCCUGCUAAUUAUUUUAGUGUGUCUGCUAUCAGCUAAGUGGAAAUGUGAAUUGUAUUUACAAUGUCUCUCAUGCUUGGUAUACACGUUUAUCUACUAGCAGUCGAUUCCAUGUAUCAACAACUAUUUCAUUAGUUACCAUACUUUAUUACACUUUGAAACUCAAAGUAUUAAACGUCAGUCCAUGUAUGUGUAUCACGGAUUUACGUUUGAAGUCCUAUUCUAACAGUCAGACUUAAAUUGAAGUUUCAAAAUGCAAUCCAACCUUGGGGAAUGGAUAGGAUUCUAGUAGCCCCCAUACCUCCCUGCGCAGUGUCUUGUAUAUCCCAGUAUGUGUAGACCCCCUACCUCACCGUACAGUGUCUGAUAUAUCCCAGUAUGUGUAGACCCCCUAGCUCCAUGCGCAGUGUCUGAUAUAUCCCAGUAUGUGUAGACCCCCUAGCUCCAUGCACAGUGUCUGAUAUAUCCCAGUAUGUGUAGACCCCUUGCUUCCCAGCGCAGUGUCUGAUAUAUUCCAGUAUGUGUAGACCCCCUGCCUCCUUGCACAGUGUCUGAUAUAUCCCAGUAUGUGUAUAUCCCCUACAUCCCUGCGCAGUGUCUGAUAUAUCCCAGUAUGUGUAGACCCCCUGCCUCCCUGCACAGUGUCUGAUAUAUCCUAGUAUGUGUAGACCCCCUACCUCCCCAUACAGUGUCUGAUAUAUCCCAGUUUGUGUAGAUCCUCUGCCUCCCUGCACAGUGUCUGAUAUAUCCUAUUAUGUGUAGAACCCCUUUCCCUUCCUGCACAGUGUCUGAUAUAUCCCAGUAUGUGUAGACCCCCUGCCUCCCUGCACAGUGUCUGAUAUAUCCUAGUAUGUGUAGACCCCCUACCUCCCCAUACAGUGUCUGAUAUAUCCCAGUUUGUGUAGACCCUCUGCCUCCCUGCACAGUGUCUGAUAUAUCCUAUUAUGUGUAGAACCCCUUUCCCUUCCUGCACAGUGUCUGAGAUAUCCCAAUAUGUGCAGACCCCCAACCUCCCCACGCAGCGCAGUGUCUGAUAUAUCCCAGUAUGUGUUGACCCCCUGCCUCCCUGCACAGUGUCUGAUAUAUCCCAGUAUGUGUAUACCCCCUAUGUCCCUGCGCAGUGUCUGAUAUAUCCGAGUAUGUGUAGACCCCCUACCUCCCCAUACAGUGUCUGAUAUAGCCCAGUAUGUGUAGACCCCCUGCCUCCCUGCACAGUGUCUGAUAUAUCCCAGUAUGUGUAGACCUCCUGCCUCCCUGCACAGUGUCUGAUAUAUCCUAUUAUGUGUAGAACCCCUUUCCCUUCCUGCACAGUCGGAUAUAUCCAAAUAUGUGCAGACCCCCAACCUCCCCACGCAGCGCAGUGUCUGAUAUAUCCUAGUAUGUGUAGACUAAAAGUGCGCCUCCCCCGAUGAUCAUGGGGAGCUAUUAACCCACGCCUCGGUCCAAGAAUAUUGCUUGAAAGCAGGACUCCAGAUGAAUGGUAAAAAAAUGUGGCUUUAUUAUAAAUAAAAGGUGAACAAUCCCCAAUGUAAUAAAAUGCAAGGCACAAGGUACGGUCCUACGCGUUUCAUCCAACAACUUAGGAAUUCCUCAGGGACCUUGAAAUCAAUUUAUGUAACAAUAGCAUACAAAAUAAAAUAACGCAGCCUAAUCAUUCCCACCCGCAAGUCAUCUUAAAUAGGGUCCCUAAGGAAUUCCUAAGUUGUUGGAUGAAAUGUGUAGGACCGUACCUUGUGCAUUUUAUUACAUUGUUGAUUGUUCACCUUUUAUUUAUAAUAAAGCUGCAUUUUUUUACCUUUCAUCUGGAGUCCUGCUUUCAAGAAAUAUACUUGGACCGAGGCGUGGGUUAAUAGCCCCCCAUCAUCAUCGGGGUAGGCGCACUUUUAGCGAUUUUAACACCUCCAUUCUGUGAGUGCAUUGAGUAACAGUGCAUCUAUAUAACUCUUUAAUGUAUUACACUAUUUCCGUUUUAUGUUCUCUUUUAGAAUAUAUAGCCGUUUCCCACGAAUGUUUUUGUAGUUCACAUCCCAGUAUGUGUAAAGGAAAGACACCAGCAGUGACCUUAGAGAAGCAAUUCUUGCUGCCCAUCAAACUGGGAAGGGUUAUAUGGCCAUUUCCAAACAAUUUAUAGUCCAUCUUUCUACAGUGAGAAAGAUUAUUCAAAAGUGUAGAAGGUGUAGAAGUGUUGCCAAGAAAAUGCAUCUUCUCUCUAAAAGAAACAUGGCAGCACUGCUUGGGUUUGUAAACUUGCAUCAGAACAAACCACUGGACUUUUGGAACAAUGUCCUUUGGACAAACAAGACAAUAGUGGAGAUAUUUGGCCAUAAUUCACAGCACCACGUUUGUCGAAAAACCAACACACCAUAUCAGCACAAACACCUCGUAACAACUGUCAAGCAUGUUGGUGGAAGAUUGAUGAUUUGGACUUGUAUUGCAGCCACGGGACCUGGGAACCUUGCAAUCAUUAAGUCGACUAUGAUCUCCUCUGUAUACCAAAGUAUUCUAGAGUCAUAUGUGAGGCCAUCUGUCCGACAGCUAAAGAUUGGCCGAAAAUGAGUCAAUACAAUGAUUCCAAUCACAUCAUGAAAUCUAGAAAAAAUAAUCAAAGUGUUGCAAUGGCCCAGUCAAAGUCCAGACAUCAACAUGAUUAAAAUGCUGUGGUGGGACCUUAAGAGAACCAUGUGUAAGGAAACCAAGUAUAUUUAAACCUCAUUCGGUAAUUUUCUCCUGAACCGCCUGAGCCUUAGUGAUUAUAGCCCUCCGUUCGGUAGAUAGGGUCGACGAAUCCUAUAGCAAUUCCAAUUCCAGCUUCACCAGAUAAUUCCCUUAGUAAAACACACGAAUCCCCAAACAUCAGCCGAAGUCAAGAAGGAGGGUACAAAAUGAACUGUCCUUGGAACUGUCCAGCUUUUAUGCAAGUCCCCAUGCAAGGGGACAGCCCUCAGGGAGGGACAAACAAUAACCAAUCACAGGCAGCAAAACGUUAACACACACCCACAAUUCCCUCCCCUAGCCCAGCAGAUAAUUCAGUCUGAUAAAAUAGUAACUUAAUUAUCUCGGGGCUGAAAAAUCACUUUUUUCCCCAACAUCCAGAACACCCCUUUAUACUGGGGUUAUCCCCAUAAAUAAAUAUCCCCUUAUAUGUCCCCUGAUAGCCCUGAUCUGGGUGACCAACAUAUUCGAAUUUCACCCAGAUCGGUUCAGGGGUUCGCAAAACCGGCUCUUGUGACCGGCUCACCCUGGGCUGCAUGCCCAAAACAGUUCCAUGAAUUUGGUGGGUUUUGCCGGUCACUUUCGAAAAAGCAUAAAAACUAAUGAAAAUACUGAAUGGAUUCCUCUGGCUCCUAGCAGUGUUCGUGCCCCUCUGUCGAAUGCACCAAAGUACCGAAUAGCGCUCUUCUAGCUGUUCGGUAAAUAGAGUUCCAGCGUUCGUCUGUUUGGGACCGGUGUUCGGGAAGUCGAGUGUCCGUUUUCAGUUCCAUGCACUCGACGACCAGGUCCCGCUGCCUUUGUUCGCAUGAACAAAGAUGGCCGCGGUUUUCUCUGCCACGUGGCAUUCGACUAACGAACGCUGGCCGCACAGACAGAGGUAGCAAUUUCACCCAAACUUUGAUGUUUAAUGAGCCAGAGGGGUGGUCUUUGUUCGGUAGUUCCAUCUACCGAAUGCAAUAGGCAGAAAUGGAGAUAAAGAGGGAAUGCAAACAGUAAAUAACACAGGGAAUAGGGGGUUUCUUCACACCAUGUAUAAAUAAAUACUAGCAAACCUCAAAAACUGUAGCAACGUUGUGAAGAAGAGCCAGACAAAAUUCCUCCACAACGAUGUGCAAGACUGAUAAAGUCAUACAGAAAACGAUUACUUCAAGUUAUUGCUGCUAAAGAUGGUUUUACAAGCUAUUGAAUCAUAAGGUGUACUUAGUUUUCCACACAUGGUUUCUCCAUUUUGGCUUUAUUUUUGUUAAAUAAAUCAUGACACUUGUGUUCACCUAAAGUUGGAUUUACCUAAUUUUAAAGAAAAACAAAAGAUAGAAAUAACGCCACUGCAAGCGCUCAGAAUCCACACUAAAUACCUAACGCGUUUCGGACCUAAAGGUCCAUAGACAUAUACUCCAUAGGAGUAUCUCACAUACAGGGUACAUCCCUUGAAUAACGCACUCAAUAAAAAAAAUUACAAAAAUUGGAGAACAAUCUAAUUUUAAGACAUUCUAAGGAACAGAGUGAUUGUUUUUAUAUCCUGAUAUGUAAAACCAUAGAAUCCAAAGAGGGUGUACUUUCUUUUUCCCAUGACUAUAUAUCCAAACAAAGAGAUUUAACUCCUAAAUGGCAGAGAACUGAGCAGUGAGACUGCAUGGGGCAUGAUCUAUACACCAGAAAUGCUUCAUUAAGCUAAAGCUGUUUGAUGCCUGUAGUGCAUUUUUGCAUUUUUUCACUUAUUGUAUGCAAUACAAUUUUAUAAUAUUUAAGCACAUGUACUUUUUUACGUGCACAACACACUAUUGCAGUAGCAUCACGUGACCUGUUUAUUUUUUGGCUAGGCCCUUAAUUCCAGUGAAAUGAAAGCGCGGAAUGCAAUGUAGACAGUUCUGUACCUGUAGAAUUGGGGUGAGGGGAUAGGGGCUGUAGUUUGGGGGGUAGGGGCUGUGGUGUGUGGAUAGUGGCAGUGGUGGGGAUACAGUGGCAGUAGUGGGAGGGUAGUGAUUGCGGCGUGGGAAUAAGGGCUCUAGUUGGAGGAGAGGAGCUGUGGUGGGUGGAGAGGGCUGUUAUGGUGGGGUUAGUGGAUAUAGUGGAGAAUAGUUCUACUAAAUGCUAAUUUUAUGGGAGAGCACUCACCAAAAGAUUGGUGCAGAGGACUCCGGUUCCGGUCCAAUCCGGUAUAAUAUCACGAAAGAGAAAAAACAAUGUCCAGCACACCUGAUAGUUUAAGUGUUAAUCCUUUAUGCCAGUCUCUGCUUGAAAUGUUGACACUUAGCUUGCUAUUAAUGGGUGAUAAAUAACAGGAUAUCACUUUAACUACCAGGUGUGGACGUUGUUUUUUCUCUUUCAUUGUAAUAAGUUCUGUCCUUUACCCCUGACUGUUAGCCCGGAGAAAGCAGACAGGAAAGAGGAGAAAUUAAAUAAUAUUUCUGCGGGGGCGGGGCCUGACAGCCAAGAUGGCCGGCCGCACAUGCUGAGAGCUCCUGCAGCAGCGGGUAAAAGAAUGACCAUAACGAGCGAUCCAAAAGUGCUAGCGGCAAACGGUGAUCGGCACCAAACACAGGAAGACAUGAGUUACAAAACUAUACUGGCCCAGCACCGGAGCGCCGCGGAAAAACCAACACCGGCCAUGCGGCCUACACCAGAGCGGGAACUGAGGUCUGGGGGAGGCGGCCGAUUCCCCGGCUCAGGACGCGCUCACAAACGAGAGCACACAACAGCCCUGCUGCCCCCCCCUCUGGACCGGCGGGGGACAUCCCGGUCCUCGCUGGGGACGAAUACCCCCACAUCGCUGACAGCCCAAGCGACAAAACUCUCAUGCACCCAGGACCGUCAGGGCCUAGCCAAGAUGGCAGCACAGAAGCAGACAAAGACAAGGCACACACUCACUGCACCACCCAAGCACACUCCGGAAUUUUAUGAACGGCUCUGCAGUUACCUCUGGAAGAAGCUUAAUGCCCGGAGACAGCUCUUCAGGCGAGCCGUGAGAGAGAUGGAGGCGUGGAUCCGCCCGGCUACCCGGCGCUUUCUGCGGGGGAAUCUUCCUCGCAAAUAUAGAGCAGCCUCCCGCUGGCAACGGAACCGCAGAACAGCGGGGCGGGAAGCGUCGCCAUGCUCCCCAGACAGCACCAAUUACGCUCCCAGGCUACGGAGCCGAACCCGCCGGUGCACACGACCUGCCUACCACUCAGCGGUCCCAGCAACAGCCAAACGGCAAGGCGUAAAUCCGCACAAGGGGACACACAAAUCCCAACGAGCCAUCGCUCAUAACACAACAGGGUUGCCGACCGGCGGACCAAACCGGCAAAGAGCCCAUCUACAGCUUGCCGGGAGGAGAACCUCUGGACCUCGGUCCUGCAGUGGGACUAUUGUGGUGAGAGUGGGGGUAGGGUGAUCCACACAUGCGAGACUCUGCCUAAUGCCACCCUUACCCCUCGCCAUACUUACCUACCGACACAGCAUGACAAGAGUCCUGAACACUCACCAUUGACAUAAAGUGUCUGAAUAAUCUAUUACACAUGUAACACCCAUAUUCUUUGACAUGUUUGUUAGGCUGGUUUUACUUUAGCAUUUCUCUCACAUGUAAGACAUGCAACUGUUAUUGAUAAGGCUGGAGCCAAUGUAUGUUUAGUAACUUAAGUUAGAUGAUGCCAGCACGACAAGCGUGCAGCCAAGUUUAUGCCAUGAAAGUGCCAAAGCUGAGCUUAUUUUCCGCCUUACUGCGCUGACGUGGCAUUGUGAAUAGUCUCAAUGCUAACACUUAAACGAUGCUCUAACACCAUGGCAGACCAAGCCUGUCUAAGUAGUGAGCUUGCUGCUCAACGCCUGUGUCUAGUUAACCUCCAAAGUAUUAUCUUUGUUUAACUUUAGGAAUGUGAAAUGAAGCCGGUUUAUAUUUUUUAUGUUUAUAUUGCCUACAUCAUUAACAAAACGUGACGCUACUUUAAGGCCAUACCGCUAUAACUGGAUAUAGACACCUAUCUGCCAUUAGCAUGGAACCCAGGUUGGCGUAUAGCACGACAUAUCCCAAUCCUGCAGCACUUAGUAUUUUUGCAUGUACCUAUAAAAGUUGUAAACUCACCCUUAAACCUGGCUUGUACUCACACACUAGCUCUUGACACAGCAUAACAAUUUUUAUGACUAGAUAGUAAAGCGCUGUUACAUAGUGUUCUGAAAAUGCCUACGCAACCUAAACGACGAAUACCUGUAUUGUUUAUCACCUAACCUAUCCUUACAAAAAAUGUGUUAGAUAUACCAUGUACCUCUUUGUUUAAAUGUGUACAAUACGCUGGAGGAUUGCCUUUGGGGUACCUCAUAUGCACCUGUUCAAAGCUUAUACACUACAAAAAUAAAGAAUUAUAAAAAAAAAAAUAAUAAUAAUAUUUCUGCUUCUCAUUAUCAUUUAGAACACUAUCAUGGAACGUUUAUUUCCCAGACUUUCCCACAUAAUGAUGUAUAACAUAUAGAGUAUCACUCUCACUAAAUUCUGUUAUUUGUUCAGUAUUUGCUAUCAAUGGGCCAAAGCCAAAGGGCAGUUCAUACAGAACAUGUGUAUUUUUAAUCCUCCUGGUUCUAAAUCUUGGUCUUGGUCAUUAGUUUAUUCUCUGUAUUUUAUCACAGAAAUACAUAUCAAUGGCACUAAACUUUGGGAGUCUUUAGUUAGCUCCCAUCCACUGGCUCUCUGUCAUCUGAUCCCUGCCAGAAAUAUUCAGAGAGGGACGAGAAGGCCUGUAAGUCCCACUUAUCUGCUAGUUCAGCAGUCGCUGGCCGCUCGGGUUUCACUGUCAGAGAGAAGGUUAGGAUGGACUGUCUGAUAAACACGCUAUCUGUACGGUCACAGCACAGUCUGCAAAUUAAACACAAAGUAGCCUAACAUAAAUACUCACAGCGCAAGGCGCACCUCGAGGGACCUCGAAGGAUCUGGAUAGAAAAGGCCAGAUUAUAAACCACCUCUAAUUAUCUCUGCGUAUGUUUAAAAUAUUAUUCUUAUUAACCAUUGUGGCUCAAUUGGUGCCAAGUCCUGGAGUCUAUUUAUUAAACAAUCACUUGUUCUAGGUAGAGAAAAAUAAUUACAAAAUUCAGAACAAGAUAAGUGAGUUUGAAAAAUUCUCCCAACUUUGCUUUUAUCAAAAACGGCUUCAUUUUGCAAUUAUGUUUCUCACUAUAAUACAAUUCAGUAUUUAGUCAGUAAGCCUCGCUGUGUAAGAAACCCAUGAACAUUACAUAAAGGGUGUUUUUAUUUCACUAUUUUACAUCCCAUAUGGGUUCGCAUAGUUUUAUAGUACUGAUGGAAAGUUCGGGGUUUCUGAUUUAUAUUGCUGUGAUGUACUGUAACAAAUAGCUUAAAUAUAUUGACAUUAUGUUUGUAUCUGAAAGGUAGUGAUUAUUGUGUUGUUUAUGGUCUUCAAUCAGUAAAUAAUUCCUAGUAAUCACAAGAUUCAGGGACUGUUUGAUCUUUCAUGGGGCAUUGAAGCACAAACAUUUGAGUAGGUACCCAUUCAGUAACUCACGAGGUAUGUUUAUUCUAGAAACUAUCUGGUAAAAAUGGCGCCUUUACAAUGCUUUACAAUGUGGUUCGUAUAAAACAUCUGUUCGGUGUCACGGAAUUUGUGUAAUUUAUUGGUGUGAUAUUCCUAAAUCAUAAAUGAUAUAAAACGGAAUGUUUCCUUUAUCUCUCUAGAUUUCGUUCCACGUAACUGAGUUUACACGGCAUCAUGGGAGUUAAGACUGCAUUGCCGCACUAUGAGCUGGGUUUCUACGCCCUGAUUGUGACCUGCGCGUUAGUUUAUUCCUUGAAUGGAAUAGUUGAAGUGUCUAAUGGUAAGAUCUUUUUUCAUUUCUAUAAAUUAUAGGCUGAUUAUCUUAAUUCUUUUUAUUAGCACCCUGGAAUGGGUAUUUUGGAGAAUUUAGAAACAAUUGCACAUUCUAGGCCAUAAUAGCCUCUAACCCAUGGAAAGAAAGGCUUGUGAUGUCAUAGAGGGGCGGGGUAUACAUGCGCUAUAUUCUGGAUAAAUAUAAUAUUUUGAUAAUUUAUUUCCUGUUUGAUCCUGGCGUGUAAUUGUAAUGGACCAAAAAAGAUAGUAAGCAAGUUAGUUACUAAAGUGAGGAUUCAAAGUAAAUUUCACAUUUAAGGUCAAAGUAGCCAUCUACUCUGGCCUUAUAAUUAAUAUCAUUCACUUUGAAUUCUCAGUUUAGUAAAUAACUCUGCAGCUUUUCUCAGUUACAGUGUUGCCAGUUACCUAAUAGAAGCCAUUCCUGAACUAUACUCUUUGCCUCGGUCUUUCUGUUGUGUGAGCUCGUCAUUUACUGAAGAUAAUGCUUUUUAUCCAGGACUUGGGCUGAAAUAGUUGGCAGGAUACGAUCAGUCAUUACAGUUAAAUGACUAGUCGAGGUUUUACCACUUUUGGUUUUCUUUCCGUAGACACCAUGAAUCGCAAGUCAUUUAGAGAGAGUGUCACGUCGGGCUGGCAGUACCUGGGCAGAAAAAUGGUAAGACACGAUGUACUGUGCUGUUUGUCGAGGUUAUAUCUCUUGUCGAAAGGUUCCAGAUUGCAAUUUCCAUUUAUGUUUGCGUGUCUCCUCCAGGAUGCAGCAGAUUUUGAGUGGGUGAUGUGGUUUACUACAUUUCGGAAUUACAUCAUCUUCGCUCUUGCGGGGCAUGUGAUUUUUGCCAAAAUAUUCUCUAUGAUGGUCCCUCAGGUGGGUGUCUUAAUAAUCUUGCACGAACACUGUGCGGGGGGAGGGGCUCUGUCACCUGUGGACUCACCCCAAAAAAGGGGAGACCUUACUGUCAAGCCUUAUUAAUCUGUAUAGAAUUCAAUGAACUUGAGAGAACGUUAAUUAAAUAAAAUUGAAACUGAGCUGAACUGAUGAUUUUUAGUAGUAUUUAUUUAAAUUUACAACUUAUUCUCACUCAUUUACUAACAUGUGGUAAAUUAAAGAUUGAGCACUUGUAAAAAAAAAAGCUAGACAGACAAACAGACAGACAAAUAGAUAGAUAGAUAGACAGACAGACAGACAGACAGAUACAUACAUAGAUACAUAGAUAGAUGGAUAGAGAAACAAAGAGCGAUGAUUCAUUUUGUAACGCACGGGAGCACCGGGCAUUAGGUCACAUGUUUAGCGCCACAAUCUCUGUUACAUUCUGACUUACUAUGUAUCUCCCUAUAGUACAGGUCCUGGGUCUACAUGCUGUACGGGAUGCUGACGGUCCUGGCCAUUAUGGGAAAUAACUUCUUAAUGCUGACACUGUCUCACUGCGCUGUCUUCUACAUCAUCUCGUUUGUAAAGCAGAAAUGGCUGUGCUUUGCCGCUGGCCUUUGUAGUCUGGCAACCUUCCGGCUCGAUAUGUUCAGCUCCUGGCAAGUAUGUUUUCUGGAAUCGCUACUUCUGGGUAGAAUGAGAAAUUCUCUUUAUAAAACUUCAAAAUGGAAUUCUUCACUAAAAUGGGCAUUGCGUACAACACACGGUUAUUAACUAAAGUGGGAAUAGCCAGGAAUUCAAAGUAAAUCCAACGUGAAUUUUAAAUUUAAAGCAGCUCUGUCAUGUUUCACCCCCCCAUUGCUACGAUCCUUUUUUAUAUUCAUUAUGUUUACUUCCUUCACCUUAAUACCUGGGUGCCUACAUUUUGUUCUCCUCUGUCCGUGAUGUCUGCAGUUUGCCUUCUGUGGGAUUAUUUUGACGUUGGAUUGUGGGUAGAUUAGCUUCUCAACUGAAAUAAUUAUUCUUUAUAAAGCGCCAACAUAUUACACAGCGCUGUACAAUAGUUGGACUAACAGAUAGGUAUUUGAAACAAGACAAAUUGAUUGCACAGGAGCAGAUGGUGUUGAGGGCCCUGCUCAAACAAGCUUCCUGAAAUGGAACUUAAGCUCCACCUAUUGCCAAAAAUUGCCAAAAAGCAUGCUCCCCAUGAGAAAAAAAAUAAUCCCAAUAUCUUCAUAUUUAUAACUAGAAAACUCAGCUGGAUUAAAAAAAAACAUAAAACAAAAAAAAAAAGAGGAACAAAAAGGAUUAAACUAAAAGCAAAACCUGCAAAGUGAUCGAGCCGUUUUAAGCCCCAAAUUGCCAAACUGAAAACAGAAUUGACUUGCAGGGUUUUUACUAUUUUGGCCAAAAUACUCCCUAAACACUCACUUUAGUCAAUAACAGACAGUCUCACUUUAAAAAUCUCAACUUGAAAUGUUUGAGUGCAAAUGUUCAACGUUGCUGUGUGACGGUGGUAGAAUUUGUUCGGAAUGAUUGAGUGAGAAUGCAGGUUAAUUGCUGCGCUGUUCUAACGUUGCUGUGUGACGGUGGUAGGAUUUGUUCGGAAUGAUUGAGUGAGAAUGCAGGUUAAUUGCUGCGCUGUUCUAACGUUGCUGUGUGACGGUGGUAGGAUUUGUUCGGAAUGAUUGAGUGAGAAUGCAGGUUAAUUGCUACGCUGUUCUAACGUUGCUGUGUGACGGUGGUAGAAUUUGUUCUGAAUGAUUGAGUGAGAAUGCAGGUUAAUUGCUGCGCUGUUCUAACGUUGCUGUGUGACGGUGGUAGAAUUUGUUCGGAAUGAUUGAGUGAGAAUGCAGGUUAAUUGCUGCGCUGUUCUAACGUUGCUGUGUGACGGUGGUAGGAUUUGUUCGGAAUGAUUGAGUGAGAAUGCAGGUUAAUUGCUGCGCUGUUCUAACGUUGCCGUGUGACGGUGGUAGGAUUUGUUCGGAAUGAUUGAGUGAGAAUGCAGGUUAAUUGCUGCGCUGUUCUAACGUUGCUGUGUGACGGUGGUAGGAUUUGUUCGGAAUGAUUGAGUGAGAAUGCAGGUUAAUUGCUGCGCUGUUCUAACGUUGCUGUGUGACGGUGGUAGGAUUUGUUCGUAAUGAUUGAGUGAGAAUGCAGGUUAAUUGCCGCGCUGUUCUAACGUUGCCAUGUGUCGGUGGUAGGAUUUGUUCGGAAUGAUUGAGUGAGAAUGCAGGUUAAUUGCUGCGCUGUUCUAACGUUGCUGUGUGACGGUGGUAGGAUUUGUUUGGAAUGUUUGAGUGAGAAUGCAGGUUAAUUGCUGCGCUGUUCUAACGUUGCUCAGAAUGUUUGAGUGAGAAUGCAGGUUAAUUGCUGCGCUGUUCUAACGUUGCCGUGUAACGGUGGUAGGAUUUGUUCGGAAUGAUUGAGUGAGAAUGCAGGUUAAUUGCUGCGCUGUUCUAACGUUGCUGUGUGACGGUGGUAGGAUUUGUUCAGAAUGUUUGAGUGAGAAUGCAGGUUAAUUGUCGCGUUGGUCUAACGUUGCUGUGGGACAGUGGUAGUAUUUGUUCUGAAUGAUUGCCCAUGUUAUGUGUCGUGCCCUUCUCGGUCAGUAUAGACACAUAACGAGGAUCCGUGACUUAUCACUUUGUUUCCUUUGAUCUUAGAAUGAAUUCUUUACCGAAACAUUUAAACUGCAAGAUAUCCUGUUUUAUGGCGGUAACGGGCUGACCAUACUGCGCUGCAUGAGUUUUGCUUUGGAGACGUGCGAUCAGAGAGAAGGAUUUUACUCCCCCGUGGAGCUUCUCAAGUACAACUACUACUUGCCUUUCUUCUUCUUUGGGCCCAUUAUGACGUUUGACAGGUAUUACGAACAGGUGAGCUAUAACGUGGCAGCCAAUCAGAAAAUUGCUUUAAACAUCUGAAUUAUUUCCCAGGUAAGGGCACAGCUGGUUAUCACAUCUGGCUGGGACACAAUACCCUGGUGCCCCAGACAUUAUUACUGUGAGUUACGUCAGCUCCACCAGAUCUACAGCGCUACGACUUUCUGUUCAGACUGCUCGCUAACGAACUUAGUGAGUACAGAUGUAUUGAUACUCGCCAUAUUCACAACUGCGCCGUUGACACCUAUUGAUACAAAACAGCUAUUGUUAAAAAGGCUGUUCUCCCAAUUACAACUAUUAAUGUUUUAUAUGAAUAAAGUCAGUGACAAGCACAAUCUUCUAUGGAUCCCAGGACUGAGGAACAAAGGCAGAACCCUGGUAAAACAAUAUCAAGGCACUAGCUCCAAUAUAUUAUUAUGUAUUUGACACUAAAUAGCAAUCAGGAUAUAAAUCCCUGUUAAAUUUUUAUAAUAUAUCUUCCCCAACGGAGAGGUGAUUCGGAAAAGUUGUAAACAGGACAGUACUUUCAGCAGCUCCAAGAGGUCACAACUUGGGAUCUUGGGUUGGCUAUCGGUUUGACCUAUAGUAUAUCAGUCUGUAGACUAAUAGAUUUGUUGGAAACUAUUUAACCAAAUACUAAUUUACUGAGGACAAAUUACUUUCUGCACUACCAGGGAGCAAAUUGGAGUGAAGAGGAUAGAGGGGGCAAGAUCCAUUAAUUGACUAAUUAGAAGAAGAUCAGAGUUUUAUUUCUUGGAGAAAAGACAAGAAACCAGGAUACGUACAAGGAUUAGAAGAGAAUAUGAGUGGUUAGUGUUUAGGAGUAAAAUGACAUCUAAACUGUAUCUAACACAUAAAUAAUACAUGCUUUAUUUCAACAAACAUCUUGUGUGUAUGUCCUGUGCUAUAGAUGUUAUGGUUGCCCAACAAAAUGGCAAUUAUUUUACUGAGCUUUGGAAGGAUAGAGGGCAGAGAUGACCGUACUGGAAAUAUAACCUGCAGCCUUGACGUUGCAGAAGGUAUUACAGAGCUAUCUUACCAGCUUUUCUUAACGGGACACUAUAGAGUCAGGAAUACAGACAUGUAUUCAUACACUAUAGCACUGGGGUGACUGUUUAGCUCCCUGACUUCCUCUUUUUUGUGCAAUGAAAAGGUGAGCUUAGUUACCCUUUUUUCCCCAAAACGCACCGGUCUCGCCGUGGCUGGCCCCACGCAGAGUGUGGAGACACUGAACUCGGAAGCAAUUUAAACGCUGACUUUUCUCUGAAAACGUAGUGUUUACAUUGAAAAGCCUUCAGCGACAGAAUAUAGACACCAGAAUCACUACAUUAAACGGUAGUGGUUUUAGUACUAUAGUGUCCCUUUAAGGCAGUGUAUAAUCAGAUUAGUUUUGUGCCAAUAAACCAGAGAUUUCUUUUUUUUAUUUUUAUUUACUUUGCAGCCAUAUUCACAAUUGGACUAUACAUAACUGCUUAUUGUUUUUACCUCUAAAAUUGCAAUGGUUUGGUGUCCAGAAUUAUCGAGUAGAAAGAUUUGUUUUUAAACAAUAUAUCAAGUAUGUAACCAUGUCAAAUGACUCCCAAUUUCUUUCUUUCUUUUUUUUUUUAUUACAAAUUUUCUUUACAAAAAUGAAUCCCAGAUACAUACAAUCACAUUUAUCAGACAAAAAAAUAAAAAAAAUAUAAACUUAAAUACUUGACAAUUCAUCAGCACAAUGCCUUUCCAAAACAUAGACUUUUACACAAAUCAUAAAGAAAUAAUAAUAAAAUAAAUAAAUAAAACACAUGGGUCGGUCACUGAAAGCAGCCCUUCCCAGCAGGGGUAUCCUAUCCGUGUUAGGAAUGUAUCCAUUUCUCCCAUUGGGAAAGAUCUCUAUAUUUGCGAUUAAUUUUGCUCAUUCCUCUCUCCAAUAAUAAUUGGAACUUAAUCUGAGAAAUAAAGUGAGGAGUAUUAAAGGGUUGAUCCUUCUUCCUGUUCCUAGCAAUAAUUAUCUUGGCCGCAACCAAUGGCAAACCGCUAUAAGCUGUCUCUUAGUCAAAUUAGGCCAAUUAAUAUGUAACAACAUGACCUCUGGUUUAUAUAUCAGCCUUGUAUCACAUCAUUUAUAGAUAAUAUUUUGUACUGAUUGCCAUAGAGGAGCCAUUUUACCACAUGACCACCAUAUAUGCAAAUAAUUGCCUCUCUCAGCAGCGCAUCUCCAUCUUUGAUAAUCUAGAUGGUACCACGUACCAUUUAUUUAUCAAUUUAUAAUGAGUCUCCACCAAAGACAGACUAUGUACAUAUUUAUUCACUUUCUAAAGAGAAGAGGACCACUCAUUGUCAUCGAUUAAAAUAUUUAAAGCUUUUUCCCAUUUUUGGAUUAUCACUGGAGUGUUAUUGACCUCCCAUGUUUCUAUCAAUUUCACACAUUUAGAGAACAAAUGUUUUAAGGUAUAGAUUGAGAAAGCAGCUUCCCUUUUGCCGUAAAUAUCCCCAUUAGAAAGUAUAUUCUCGUUGGAUAAAAAAUAAACCAGAGAUUUUAAAUCUAAAUUAUGCCUUUGAAAGAUUAUACAAAAUGAUAUUGAUGAUUUAAUUUCAUUAAAGAAAAUUAACUAAAUUCCUAAUGUUUUCUGCUUAAUAAGAGUGAUAACCCAAUAUUCCAAGAAAAGUCAGACUUGUAGAAACGUGCAGAGUUUAUAUCUUGCAGCCAAUUGUCACUUCCUGCUCUGUUAUGUGUUUAAUGUGGGAAUUGUUCGUCAGGACAGGAUAACAGGGACUUGUCAACUCUCUACAUGCCGAUGUGAAGCAUUUAGACGAUAAUAAUUAAAGAGUGAGGUGUAGUAAGCUAACAUUAUAAGAACAAAGCCUCAAAUUCUGCUAUUUUGCCCCAAAUUGUCCAGUUUUGAGAUCAUGUUAUUGUUUAAUGAAUAACUGCUGUAAGAUUGGACAAUUUGUGUCUUUAAAAACGUGUUUAAUAACUGAAGAGAGUUAUUCAAUAGCGUGUGAAUUUCAUUCGGUCAGAGUUUUUUACUAAAGGAAGAAUUUAAAGUGAAUUUCGAUGUUAAGGCCAGAGCAGCCGAAGUGAAAGCUGAGCUGGGUGUAGAAUUCGGCUACUGUGACCUUGAAUUUGAAAUUCACUUUGAAUUUGCGAUAAAUGUUCACAUUACUGAAUAACUUUGAUAGUGAGUUUGCAGUAUUAUGUAUAGAUAACUGAAGUUCAGCCUUUUGAAUUUCCCUCUGAAUUCCAAACAAUUCCUAGUUUAGCAAAUAAUAUCCCUGUAAAUUCUUAAUUUGUGCCAGAGAAGGCUGUAUUUACGCCAUAAUAUGUAUUGUAGAUUAUAAUGGUUGCAGAGAGGAAGCAAUUGACAAAGUAACUAUUGAAUACUAAAUAACAAAUUGAGCCUGUAAAUAUACAUUCACUGUGCGCACACCUUUACGUACAGCCGCGUGCCAGGCGUGUGCCAGACAUGCACAAUGCAGAACAAGCGCACACUGUCCCUCAUUUCCCUACAAUGCAGUUGUAUCCCAGUUAUAAACAGCUCAUAAUCUGCCCAUUAACUUUCUCUUUGUAAAUGAUUUUUAUCACUCGUUUGAAAUUAUUUUUGGUUCCUUUUUAAAGUUUGUACUAUCAGUACAAAUGUUCACUUGGUAAUUUAGAAUCAAAUUAAAAACUGGCAAAAAAAUAAUAUAAAUAACAGUUUAGUUGUUGGUGUUUUAGUUUGUUUGAUGAAUAGAAUGAAUCUAUUAAUGUGUGAGAAUCCUCAGUCUCUUUUUAUUAAGGAGAAAGAAUCUCGGCUUCAGACUAUUAUGAAAUGUGCCCAUGUGCACUGCUAUAGGUAUACUUUAAUUGACCCUGAAGUUGGCAAUCAGAUAAUGAACCAAUUCCGCUUUAUUUAUUGAAUGCCAUUCAUUUAGUUAUGGUGCGCGUAACCUGUCGUACUAUGUGAUUGCUGUUACAGGUUAACACCCGGGCCAUAACUCGGAAAGAGAACGAGAUGUGGAACAUUCGUGUCCAGGCUGUGAGUAAUCUCCUGUCUAUUAUAUUAGUCGACGUUUUCUUCCACUUUCUCUACAUCCUGACCAUCCCAACAGACCUGAAAGUUGUGAGUCGUCUUUCAGACUGGUCACUAGGUGUGUAUUGUGCAAAACAUUGGGUAUUUACUAACAUUUAACCCAAACUUAGGAUAUAAAGAUUGCCGGCAGUCUGUCUGUUAAUGUGAGGUUAUAUAUUUACCUUAUAUAAUGUACUUUCUAUUAUAUAAUAAAGGUAACAGACAACUUAACAUACAUUAUUACUGAUAAACAAAUAUAAUGUAUGCUUAGAUUAAUAAUCAGACAAAUAGUAACAUUAAAGGGACACUAUAGUUACCAGAACCAGUACAGCUUAAUAUAGUGGGUUCUGGUGUCUAUAGCCUGUCUCUGCAGGCUUUCCAAUGUAAAUAUUACCUUUUCAAAGACAAGGCAGUGUUUAAAUUGCUUCCUCAUUCAGGGUCUCCACACUCUGCAUAGGGCUAGCCACGGUGAGACCGGUGCCAAGUGGGAAGAAAGUAACUAAACUCACAUAUUUACUGCACAGACAGGAGGGUGGAAACCUAAACAGCCACACCAGUGCUAUAGUGUCAGGAAUACAUGUUUGUAUACUAUACUAUACUAUAGUGUUUCAGAGAAAACACAGUGUUUACAUUGCAGCCUAAUAACACCUCUACAGACAGUCACUCAGACAGCCUCUACAGGUGCUUCCUAUUUCAAGUGAUGCACUUUGUGCAGCACUAGCGUACACUGUCUUCACACUCUGCAUGUAGAGGCUGAACUUUCCCCAACAUCAAUAUUGGUGAUCUCAGUCAUGGAGGCGGGAUCAGCUGUGGAGAGACCGGCACGGGGAGGAUAAAAAGGUUGGUAAAACUACUUUUAACUUCACAGAGAAGGGAUUUUAUUCAUUAAUAAAUUAAGUUAUUAAUUACUAUACUUUAUGAUAAUUUUUAUAGAUAUAAGAAAAAAAUUAAUAUAAAUGUUUGAUGCUGGCCCAUUAGAGAAUGGGAGGUGUAUGACCCAUGAUAUCAUCCCCUACAAGAGCUACGUGGAUGAAUUUCAAGCCAUACAAGAGUUUUCUAGUCAUUGUAAUUAGCAGUACAGGUAAAUUUAAAUCUAACACUCAGUAACCUGGUCUCUACUUGUCUCACAGCGGCUCUGGCUUAUUCGAACCUUGUGUAUGACUGGGUGAAGGCAGCGGUAAUGUUCGGAGUUAUAAACACCAUCUCCAGGUUGGAUCACCUUGACCCUCCUCAACCUCCUAAGUGUAUCACCAUGCUUUACGUGUUUGCAGAAACGUGAGUUAUUACAGAUCCCUCAUGCUAUCUGUUAAGCCUGACAUAAACAUGUUCCUGAUCUUGGGGGAAGGUCUAUUAUUGUUACUGGUAUUUAUAUAGCGCCAGCAUAUUCCGUAGCGCUUUACAAUAUUAUCAAAGGGGGAAAUUUAACAAAUAAGACAAUUACAAAUACGAUAGGUUGAAGAGGGCCCUGCUCAAAUGAGCUUACAGUCUAUAGGAGGUGGGGCGUAAAACACAACAGGACAGGAGUUAGCAAUCAAAUAAAAGUAGGAGAGAAACAGAGCUGGAGGAGGGAAUAGAGUGUUGCCCGUAGGAGAGAGCAAGGGACAGGUAUGUGAGGUAGAGGUUACUCUGGGAGGCCAUAACACAGGGACGGGGUGUGAACAGAGCAGGAUGGCUACAGGGAUGACCACGUGAACAGUCCGGAAUGGACACAGGGACAAGGUGGGAGCAGAGUGGGAUGGACACAGGGACGAGGUGGGAGCAGGGCGGGAUGGACACAGGGACGAGGUGGGAGCAGGGCGGGAUGGACACAGGGAUGAGGUGGGAGCAGGAUGGACACAGGGACGAGGUGUGAGCAGAGCUGGAUGGACACAGGGACGAGGUGGGAACAGGGCGGGAUGGACACAGGGAUGAGUUGGGAGCAGGGCGGGAUGGACACAGGGACGAGGUGGAAGCAGGGCGGGAUGGACAGAGAAACGAGGUGUGAGCAGAGAGCGGGAUGGAUACAGGGACGUGGUGUGAGCAGGGCGGGAUGGACACAGGGACGAGGUGGGAGCAGAGCGGGAUGGAUACAGGGACAAGGUGUGAGCAGGGCGGGAUGGACACAGGGACGAGGUGUGAGCAGGGCAGGAUGGAUAGAGGGACGAGGUGUGAGCAGAGUGGGAUGGACAGAGGGACGAGGUGUGAGCAGAGUGGGAUGGACAGAGGGACGUGGUGUGAGCAGAGAGCGGGAUGGAUACAGGGACGUGGUGUGAGCAGGGCGGGAUGGAUACAGGGACAAGGUGUGAGCAGGGCGGGAUGGACACAGGGACGGGGUGUGAGCAGGGCAGGAUGUAAGGAACCCCCACCUGGGUGCAGAUUUCAUUAAGUUUAUAUUGUUCAUUAUUCCAUUUAAUGAGUUUCAUCACAACUGCGACUCAAUGUACAUGUGCUCACAAUUCCUGUGCCCUCUGUCGGCAGCCCAAAUCUCUCCUACAGGAAUUCUAACGGGCAGACUACAAUUCACAUAUUCUGUCUGCCCUAACCCUAUCUCACCUUCUUUUCUACAAUUUCUAUUGGUAAUAUUCAGUGAUCUCUCUCACCUUCUGGAUAUGGUUAGUAUAAUACCCAGCCACCUACCUCGCCUUCUGGAUAUGGUUAGUAUAAUACCCAGCUGUCUGCCUCACCUUCUGGAUAUGGUUAGUAUAAUACCCAGCUACCUACCUCACCUUCUGGAUAUGGUUAGUAUAAUACCCAGCCACCUACCUCACCCUCUGGAUAUGUUUAGUAUAAUACCCAGCCACCUACCUCACCUUCUGGAUACGGUUAGUAUAAUACCCAGCCACCUACCUCACCUUCUGGAUACGGUUAGUAUAAUACCCAGCCACCUACCUCACCUUCUGGAUAUGGUUAGUAUAAUACCCAGCUACCUACCUCACCUCCUGGAUAUGGUUAGUAUAAUACCCAGCCACCUACCUCACCCUCUGGAUAUGGUUAGUAUAAUACCCAGCCACCUACCUCACCUUCUGGAUACGGUUAGUAUAAUACCCAGCCACCUACCUCACCUCCUGGAUAUGGUUAGUAUAAUACCCAGCUACCUACCUCACCUUCUGGAUAUGGUUAGUAUAAUACCCAGCCACCUACCUCACCUCCUGGAUAUGGUUAGUAUAAUACCCAGCCACCUACCUCACCUCCUGGAUAUGGUUAGUAUAAUACCCAGCCACCUACCUCACCUUCUGGAUACAGUUAGUAUAAUACCCAGCCACCUACCUACCUCACCUUCUGGAUAUGGUUAGUAUAAUACCCAGCCACCUACCUCACCUUCUGGAUAUGGUUAGUAUAAUACCCAGCCACCUACCUCACCUUCUGGAUAUGGUUAGUAUAAUACCCAGCCACCUACCUCACCUCCUGGAUAUGGUUAGUAUAAUACCCAGCCACCUACCUCACCUUCUGGAUAUGGUUAGUAUAAUACCCAGCUGUCUACCUCACCUUCUGGAUACGGUUAGUAUAAUACCCAGCCACCUACCUCACCUUCUGGAUAUGGUUAGUAUAAUACCCAGCCACCUACCUCACCUUCUGGGUAUGGUUAGUAUAAUACCCAGCCACCUACCUCACCUUCUGGAUAUGGUAAGUGUAAUACCCAGCCACCUACCUCACCUCCUGGAUAUGCUUAGUAUAAUACCCAGCUGUCUGCCUCACCUUCUGGAUAUGGUUAGUAUAAUACCCAGCCACCUACCUCACCUUCUGGAUAUGGUUAGUAUAAUACCCAGCCACCUACCUCACCUCCUGGAUAUGGUUAGUAUAAUACCCAGCCACCUACCUCACCUUCUGGGUAUGGUUAGUAUAAUACCCAGCUACCUACCUCACCUUCUGGAUACGGUUAGUAUAAUACCCAGCCACCUACCUCACCUCCUGGAUAUGCUUAGCAUAAUACCCAGCUGUCUGCCUCACCUUCUGGAUAUGGUAGGUAUAAUACCCAGCUACCUACCUCACCUUCUGGAUAUGGUUAGCAUAAUACCCAGCCACCUACCUCACCUCCUGGAUAUGGUUAGUAUAAUACCCAGCCACCUACCUCACCUUCUGGAUAUGGUUAGUAUAAUACCCAGCUACCUACCUCACCUUCUGGAUACGGUUAGUAUAAUACCCAGCCACCUACCUCACCUUCUGGAUAUGGUUAGUAUAAUACCCAGCUACCUACCUCACCCUCUGGAUAUGGUUAGUAUAAUACCCAGCUACCUACCUCACCUUCUGGAUAUGGUUAGUAUAAUACCCAGCUACCUACCUCACCUUCUGGAUAAGGUUAGUAUAAUACCCAGCCACCUACCUCACCCUCUGGAUAUGGUUAGUAUAAUACCCAGCCACCUACCUCACCUUCUGGAUAUGGUUAGUAUAAUACCCAGCCACCUACCUCACCUUCUGGAUAUGGUUAGUAUAAUACCCAGCCACCUACCUCACCUUCUGGGUAUGGUUAGUAUAAUACCCAGCCACCUACCUCACCUUCUGGGUAUGGUUAGUAUAAUACCCAGCCACCUACCUCACCUUCUGGAUAUGGUUAGUAUAAUACCCAGCCACCUACCUCACCUCCUGGAUAUGGUUAGUAUAAUACCCAGCCACCUACCUCACCUUCUGGGUAUGGUUAGUAUAAUACCCAGCCACCUACCUCACCUCCUGGAUAUGGUUAGUAUAAUACCCAGCCACCUACCUCACCUUCUGGAUAUGGUUAGUAUAAUACCCAGCUACCUACCUCACCUUCUGGAUACGGUUAGUAUAAUACCCAGCCACCUACCUCACCUUCUGGAUACGGUUAGUAUAAUACCCAGCUAUCUGCCUCACCUUCUGGAUAUGGUUAGUAUAAUACCCAGCCACCUACCUCACCUUCUGAAUACGGUUAGUAUAAUACCCAGCCACCUACCUCACCUUCUGAUAUGUUGCAAGGAAUACCCAUCCCACCCUACCUCACCUUCGAUAUGUAUAGUGUAUAAUACCCAGCCACCUACCCCACCUUCUGGAUAUGGUUGCAUAAUACCCAGCUACCUACCUCACCUCUGGACAUGGGUUAGUAUAAUACCCUGUUUUGCUCAAGUUCCCCACCUUCUUGGAUACCGUUAGUAUAAUACCAGCCACCUACCUCACCUUCUGAUAUGGUUAGUAUAAUAAUACCCAGCCUACUCCUCACCUUCUGGAUAAUAAUGUUGGUAUACUACCCAGCCACCCACCUCAAAUUCUUCUGAUACGGUUAGUAUAAUACCCAGCUAUCUGCUCACCUUCUGGAUAUGGUUAGUAUAAUACCCAGCCACCUACCUCCUUCCUUCAUAUGGUUAGUAUAAUACCCAGCCACCUACCUCACCUUCUGGAUAUGGUUAGUAUAAUACCCAGCCACCUACCUCACCUCUGGGUAUCUAGUAUAAUACCCUUCUAUCUCCUACCUUCUGAUAUGGUUAGUAUAAUACCCAGCCACCUACCUCACCUUCUUGAUAUGGUUAGUAUAAUACCCAGCCACCUACCUCACCUUCUGGAUAUGGUUAGUAUAAUACCCAGCCACCUACCUCACCUUCUGGAUAUGGUUAGUAUAAUACCCAGCCACCUACCUCACCUUCUGGAUAUGGUUAGUAUAAUACCCAGCUGUCUGCCUCACCUCCUGGAUAUGGUUAGUAUAAUACCCAGCCACCUACCUCACCUCCUGGAUAUGGUUAGUAUAAUACCCAGCUACCUACCUCACCUUCUGGAUAUGGUUAGUAUAAUACCCAGCCACCUACCUCACCUCCUGGAUAUGGUUAGUAUAAUACCCAGCUGUCUGCCUCACCUCCUGGAUAUGGUUAGUAUAAUACCCAGCCACCUACCUCACCUCCUGGAUAUGGUUAGUAUAAUACCCAGCUGUCUGCCUCACCUUCUGGAUAUGGUUAGUAUAAUACCCAGCCACCUACCUCACCUUCUGGAUAUGGUUAGUAUAAUACCCAUCCACCUACCUCACCUUCUGGAUAUGGUUAGUAUAAUACCCAGCUAUCUGCCUCACCUUCUGGAUAUGGUUAGUAUAAUACCCAGCCACCUACCUCACCUCCUGGAUAUGGUAGGUAUAAUACCCAGCCACCUACCUCACCCUCUGGAUACGGUAAGUAUAAUACCCAGCUAUCUGCCUCACCUUCUGGAUACGGUUAGUAUAAUACCCAGCCACCUACCUCACCUUCUGGAUAUGGUAGGUAUAAUACCCAGCCACCUACCUCACCCUCUGGAUACGGUAAGUAUAAUACCCAGCCACCUACCUCACCUUCUGGAUAUGGUUAAUAUAUCACCCAGCCUCCUACCUCACCAUCUGGAUACAGUUAGUAUAAUACCCAGCCACCUACCUCACCUUCUGGAUAUGCUUAGUAUAAUACCCAGCUACCUACCUCACAUGCAGGAUAUGCUUAGUAUAAUACCCAGCUACCUACCUACCUCACCCUCUGAAUAUGGUAAGUGUAUUACCCAGCCACGUACCUCAUCACCUCCUCUUCCUGGCUGCAUAACGUGUAUUGUUACAAAUACUUAUUUAUCUAUUGGUCAGCGCUGCAGACUAUGCUGGUGCCCUACAAGUAAUACAGGUAAUAAUAUUAAUUUAAAUAUUUAAAUCAUACAGUUUAUGCAUUUAUUGAUUCAUUUAAUAAAAUUAGUUUUUAUAUUGUAUUAUAUAUUAUAUUAUAUGACAAUAGAAAUGAAUUAAACAUAUAAUAUAUUAUGAAUAAUUACAAAACUGAGUCUGUGUCACAAGAAAAGCGGAUGUAGCGGACCGGCAAUAUUAAAUCCCACGAAUUCCGCUGGUACAUACAGUAAUCCACAGUCAGCGCUGAAAAGCAAGGCAAUCUCCCAGUAACCGGACGAAACACAGUUCUGAGAGUCAACUGAGGUCUUUAUUUUCAGCUCCACAAUUUAUACAAUUCCCCAUGCAAGGGGUUUCCUGAGUCCCAUCCCAGGGGCAUUCCCAGAGUCGACUACAUGGGGAACUUACUGUUCAAGGCAUGUCUCCCAUCAGGCACUGCUGCACGAGAGGGAUACUCCCACAGGAACGUACCGUUAAGUGGAUUAUCCCUCCGUGCAGCAGAACCAACAAUUUAUAUUAAAAUGCAUAACUUUUCGAAUAUGCGGUCUAUUUGCACGAGUGGACGUUCGGUAGAUAGCUGGGGUCUGAGCACAUCAUUCGUGAGAUUACUGCUCAGAUCCCAGCUAAAACAACCGAACGCCGCACGAAAAACACAUUCAUUAAAAUACAUGUUCAAAAGACCGAUUAUAUUCUAGGGAACAAAAUACCGAACGGCCCGGAACUCCCGAACGGCCUGGAAGUUCAGCGGUGUUCGCGCCGCCGAGUAGCCAUUUUUAGUACCAUGCGCUCGACGACCAAACACCGCGGAGGGAACAAAGGUUCCAAGAUGGCCGACCGCCGCAUGGUCGGUAGUCGAACGGCGGCCACCUAGGAGAGCCUCUAAUUACCGAUUGCAACAUUGUUGCAAUCGGUUAACAAGCGCCACACGCCUCUAAGUGUGUGGGCUAUUACAUGGGGGGGUUUUCGGUUCACAAACGGCCAGCAAAGGUGCCGUUCGUGAAACGAAAUUCAAUACAGCUAUCUGCGUUCGGCUGAUAGCCAAUACAGGACAUACAGGGUAUUACAACCAGCAUAUAUUAUACAUAGUUAAACACAUAUCCCACAACCAUACAUGCAACCCUUAAAGGCACAGUCUCUUUAUAUUGUCCAAGUGGCUAGGUUUGCCACAGCGGAGUUCAUUCUCAGCAAUAGAAACGUGAGCAAUAUGAGCUCACAGACCGUGAAGACAGAAGACGCGUAGGAACUUGGAGACUCUUAAGAGAGAGGGUUCGGUAAAUAUAUCUGGCGGUUCUUUCUUUGUAAUAAAAUAUGCAGCCAAUAUAAGAGCAUCAGGUGCAUGCUGGGAUAUUUUCUCAGUUUACGGUGCAUAAAACAGGCAAUAUAUGUCAAACACUACUACAAAAAUACAAGGAAGACUGCGGGACACAAUUAAAAAUAAACUUUUCUGUAUUUUAUUGAUUUAAUUGAGAAUUCCAGUAGACCAUGAGAUGUUAUUUUUUAAUCUCUCUGCAUUGAGAUAUUUUGCGCAUGUGUUCUCAUUUGCUGUAUUCGCUCUAUCCUAGGCAUUUCGACAGAGGAAUCAAUGACUGGCUUUGCAAGUAAGUAGCGAUGGUCGUGUGGCUGGUUUCUGACUGUGUAUACAUUCUACACUAAUCUUUAAUAUACUUUAAUUCACUAGAACCUGUCCAAGCUUAUCUUUAACCCCUACAUGAUAUUGUCGUUUUCCUUUUGUUAAUCUCAGUGUCCCAUGUACAGAGUCCGCCCAAGGCGGUGGUUUUCAUAUUUUACAUAGUGGUUAGUUCUUCGAGUAACUCACCCAACGUCAAUUUUUGUGUUGCGAUCCUCCUAUGUUUUUUUUCCCUGGACCUAGUUUUAGUUGAAGUGAGACCUUUCAAACAAGGCAGAAUACAAAAAUAUUUGAAAAAAGCUAUUUAAAAAUGAAUUUUGAUGAAAGUCUCCCUGGAGUAUUAAAAAAUAGACAGUUGGGGUUUUUGUGACAUCUUUUUGUUUUCUGUUAGGUAUGUCUAUGACUACAUUGGAGAAAAACAUGAUAACAUUAAGAAGGAGCUGGUGGCCACUAUAGCCACGUUCACAGUUACCACCUUGUGGCUCGGUCCGUGCAAAAUUGUUUACAUCUGGUCUGUCUUCAAUUGCUUUGGUCUCAACUUUGAACUUUGGGUACAAAAAUUCUUCGAGCUGGAGACAUUUGCUAAACUCGAGGUUCGUAAGAGGCGUUAUUUUUUAUAUGACAAGACUGAUAAGAAUUAAAGGGGAACUGUCACUGCCAUGCAUAUUCAUUAUGUUUACAUAUCCCUUAGAUAUAAUGAAUAUCUGUUUGUGAGAUGUGAUAAAAUAAAACUAAAUGUAGAAAUUCAUAUUGUGCGUCUGGGCGCCUCCAUUUUAGCUCCCCCUUAGACACUGUUAUAAGCUCUGUCCUGUGCACUUGGCAGUCAGCAUAGAGAGCAGACAUGUAACGAUGUUUCUCCUCGUUUGCAAGGUUUACCCUGGCUUUGCCAGGACUGUACUGGAUUAUGAUGUAAUUUGCUAAAUAAUAUAAAUGAAAAAUAUAAUGGAGAUUAAAUAUAAUAUAAUCUCGUGAAAAAAAGGUAACACAAGUUAUAGGUGAUUUCCAAUGUUUUAUUUGUUGGUGAACAUUCCAGAGAAAUGACAGUUCCUCUUUAAACUUUAAUUUAAAACUUCCAUCCUCUUUGUACUAUCUUUCUUAUUCAAAACAUCAUUAAAGGUUCUAUUUAUUAAAAAAUAAUACUAACACAUUUGAAUACUGGCUGCAAUUUGGUAGUUUGUAAAGUGUUACUCCAACCAAAAACGAUGUUUUAAUAAAAUAUUAAUUUGAAUAAAAUAUUAACGCAGUAUGUCCCCAUUAACAGAUAACACAUCAUUUUAUCGGUUCCAUAAAGCCAAACCUGGCUAAAAAUUUUGGAAUCUUGUGUCACCUUCUUGUUAGAUUACAAACUCCACAUUCCAGGAGAAAUGCUGGAAACAUGUUCCUCUCGAUGAAAUACUCUACGGUACCCAGAUGUUUAGUUGUCAUUUCUACAGAGAAACUGAUCUACGGAGUUUGAAAUAAGGGAAAGGCGAUGUCAUGAAUGGGAGUGGGAGAGAGUAUCCAUUCAUUCUUUGCAGUUGUACCGUAUUAGCACAAUGUAUAGACUGAUCGAUGCUAUUAUUGAAAUGAAAUGCUCAUAGCGUUCGUAGAACACUAUAAUUGUAUUUAUUUUACUAAAACAUAGCUUUGUAGUCAAAAAGUGAAUGUAACUCUGUAACCAGUGGAACAAAAUUACACAUUGUUAUCUUGAAUAUCCCAUUCCCUUUUUUAGGCGAGGUUGCCUGAGUCCAUGUCUAGAAGAAUCCGAGGAGUUUUCGGUGCAGCUAAUUUUUGGGCCAUUAUUUUAUACAAUGUAUUAUCCCUGAACAGUCCUGAGUUUGCUCUUUUGGUUUCUAAAAGACUUCUGCUGAAAGGUAACUGUGUGUAACAUAUUCCUCCUCACCUUGCGGUAAUUGCACCCAGCGGCCGUGCGUCUGUAAUACUGACUCUUGCAACAUGUUGAUGGACUUUUUAUUUCUAUUGUAUUGUGGGGAAGUGGGGGAAUUUUCACAUGCAUAAUUGGGGGUUCUGAAAAAAUAGCAAUUGUGGGGCGAAGUUCUAAAGGUUCUCAUAUUGAACUGUUUCCCAGAGUUGCUGGUUAUAUACCUAACAGAUGGGUGGAAAGGAAAAGUGGAUCGUUAGAGGGUGUUUAACAGAGGAUCGAAAUGACACCAGAGUAGCCUAGUUUCAUCUCUGGUUAGUCACAUAUGUGGAUAACAAACUAAGUGGGAGGGGGGAUUGUUGGAUAGCUUGCCAUCUUCAUAACUUGAUUGUUGAAGCUCAGAAAUGCUGUCUGAAUAUAGAAGUAUCCCAACACUUCUCUUUCUAGAUGUUUAUUAUUUGUUACAAUUGCUCUGGAAUUAAUUAAAUUAAUUUACAAUGGUUUAUUUCUUGUGGAUUGAUGGACUUUAGAUGAAUAGCUUUGACUUGUCUAACAUCCAUUAAAGUGUUGAAGAUAUUCAUUGUCAUGGUGGAUGAGCGUUCUUAUAAUCACUGUUUAAAUUAAUACCAGGUUUUAAAUUCCUUAAAUGGGAGUAAUCACGCACUCUAACCGUCAUCAUCAACCGCCACAUCAGCAUUUUCCUGCAAUCUCAUUAUUUUUGGAGAUGAGUUUGAUUUGGCAUGUUGCUCCAUGCCAUUGGCUGUCAAUCAGAUAGCCAGGUGAUUAUUAUUAUUAUUUUUUUAGGAAGACCAGUUUUGCACAACUUGUGCACAACACCCGCACAACUUUGAACAGGCUGUCUCUGCUCCCAGGAGACAGAUGACUACAGGCUAGAAUUAAACUGAGCCAGAAAAAAGAUGAAUUGGCCACUUUAUAAAAGAUUAAAGGAUUAAGUCUGUGUUUGGUUAUGGUUCUUAUAACAAUAUAAAUUUGGCUCUUAUUUUUUAAUUAUUUUUAAAUAUGGAUGGAAAAAGCAUCUUUAGGGUGGCUGAAAUAUUACAUAUCUUUUAACCAUUAUAUCUUCUUCUAGGAUUCCCAGAAAGCACAUUUUCCAUUUUGUUUGUGACUUACUGCGGCGUACAACUAAUUAAGGAAAGGGAGCGCACCCUGGCCAUAGAGGAAGAAAGGAGCGAGAAACUGAAGACAUCCUAA